AUGUCUGAACCCUGGGAUGUGGUUCCGUCCGGUUUUUUCAACUUGAUAUUCGAGGACCGAGAACCAAACCUCGGUCAAGUUCACACAGGUGACUCAGAGCACCAACCACCAAGCCCCUCGCUCCUACCCACCCCGCCACUUUCAGACGCAUCCUCUCAGGGCUCCCCAAGGGGCCACUCACCCCCGCACUCACCCCCCGCAUACUCCACGAUCGACAAUGUCAUCCAGUGCGCGGACCCUUUUUCCCGCACUUCUUUCGAAUCACGUGUGCCUGGGUGGAUCAAGAAUACGACAGCUAGCACCGUGAGCGUGGGCACUACCCCGCACACGUCUCCUCGGAGACGGUCUUCCACGCUCACUCCAGGCAGCUUAUCCAGGCUAAUGAAAGACUGGGAAAGGGGAGACGCCGUUCGUCCAUCGACUGCUAUUAAUGGCUCCUGUACAGGACCGCCAUCAUCGUCGUCAUCACGACGCACCCAUAUCCGACACGCACAUUCAGGAUCCAACCUCCGUCCAGCCCCGACAGAGAACCUUCAUCGCGCACAAGACGCAGAAGGUUCAAGUACCGGAAAGAAAAAGGUUCGUAUCGUGAGGGGUAUGUCGAUGCGGGCGGAGGAACUUGUGAGGGGACUGGACGCUGCCAUAGACUUUGUUGAUAAUCAUCCUUAGCGUUGGUUUAUUAUGUUAGUUAGUUUGUUUCUUCUCUCUCACUUUUUCGCCUAGGUUAUUGCGAGUGGAAUUGGUAUUUAAGGUCACUUUUGGAGUGUAUAUUAGUAUGUAUUCGCCCGUGCCAGCUGCAACUUAUUAUACCUCAG